UGUCAAUAUUCAGACGCUCGUAAUGGCGGUGUUUGUGUGAUUUGAUUUAUAAAAUUGAACCAAAUGGACAACCUUUUACGGAAUAUCUACAUUGUGUACAAAGAUUGACACUGCAUAUCUUUGCUUUCAUUCAACAAUUCAUCUGCUGAACGUUAGAAUUUCAUAUAUCAUGGAAAUGGAAAAUGAAAAUAAUAUUCAGCAGGAUCUUUGCAGACUAUGCAAUUGCGAAUCUGAUGAAAAUAGUGAAAUGUUCAGUAUUUUCGAUAAGACUGAAGGUGGUCAAGAAAUACUUCAGCUUAUUCAGGAAUGUCUUCAUCUAGUGGUACAAAAAUCUGAUCCUUUUUCUAAAAGCGUCUGUGCUGAUUGCUUAGAAAACCUUAAUAGUUCAUUCAAAUUCAAGAAGAAAUGCCAGGAAAUAGAUGAUAGUCGUAGGGCACCCUACAGAAACAAUGGUGAAAAGAGUGAACAUGUAUCGGAAUGUACUGUUCAUGAUACAAAAGAAAAUAGUUUGAAAAAUGGUUCUGAAGACCCUGAGGACAAUAAGAUUGUAGCUAAAUGCCAAAAAGAUGUUCAGACUUCAACAGAUGGUCUCUUAAACUUCUGUAGUAAUUGCCAAUCUGAGAUUUUGGAAGCUCAUAAAGUGGAUAGUGAAAUUGAAUUACGUGCCGAACUACACCAAGCAAUUGCUGAUUCAUUCAGUAGAAAUAAGAUAGUUUCAUCAGAUAAAGUCUUAAGAAGCAAAAGAAAGAGGAGCCAGGCAUUUUACCAUGAACUGGACGAUUCAUUAUGUAGCAGUUUGACCGAAUUUACCAAUACUGAAAGUUCACAAUGCUUUGAAUUCCAGAGUGAUGUUGAUUCAAUGGAGGAAGAAGAAGAACGACAAGCUAAAAGGAGGAAAAUUGAAACUAUUGAGGAAACUGUGCAACCUGUAUCUUAUGAAACUCGGUUUGAAGAAGAAGAUGAAUAUGUUUAUAAUUCAAUAUCACUGUUGAAGCUAUGCUUGAACGUUAUAAAUAAAGAGAACAUUCCAGAAUAUGAGGCUGAGCACCAGACUGCAGAACUGAUAGAGCCCACUUGCAAUUAUUGUGGACAGGAUUUCAGAAACAGAAAACUGUUGGCUCUGCAUGAAGUGGAACAUCUGAAUGUGGAAUUAGGCGAGAAAGUAGAUAUUCCCUCACUUUGGCAUGAAUCUAGAGAUGACGCUGACAUUCGUAAUAAAUGGUUGACUUCCGAAGACGACUUGAUUGAAGAAGAAAAUUACAUGGAAAAUGAAACGAUGGGUGACGUUGUUGAGAUGGAGGAAGAAGAGGAGGAAGAAAGUCUGUUGAUCCCAGUUGGAUCGUCGGAACAAAGAGAUGGUCAAAACUAUGAAGAGACUAGAGAAGUGACAUUAAUUGAUGGAAAGCCUUUCGUUGAUGGCCUGCCCUUGUCUGAUUAUGCUAAGGAAGAGAGGCGAGCUUUCUAUCACUCUAUGCGAGUUGGUGGGGUGAAUAAAAGAUUCUGCCCUCUUUGUAGAUAUAGCUUUAAGGACAAUUGGGCCAUAGAGUCGCAUUAUUUCUCCAUGGCCUGCUAUUAUACAUGUCGUUAUUGUGGCAUGAGGUUCAACAAACAAAGAAACCGUUUUGAUGAACAUGUGGAAACUCACGUUCAGAAUAAAGAUGAAUACUCGACCAAAGUUUUCGCCGCAAGCAAAAGUAAUAAUAUUGUCCCAAAAGUCCUGUACCCCAAAAAACGCUACUCAGGCAGGGAACAGAUUAUGGAUCCCAUACUUCCUCAACCAAUUGAAAUCAAACACUUCACGAUACAGAACAAAAAAGGUACAACACCUGAAAUAAAGGUCAAACAGGAGCCAAUGGAUUACACUGAGAAUCAGUCUCUCAUCUCGUGUUUAUCAUCGCAGCAGAAUCAGCCGCAGUUGCAAACAUCACAAUCCAAAACUGGAAAUCAGGCCUACUUUUGCAGAAAAUGCUACAAAGUAUUCUUCAAAUUGGACGAAUUCAAUAUACACAGUAAAAAUUGCGAUUAUAAUCAAUUUGCAAACAAUAGUAUGCUUGGAAGCUACCUCACAUCAGGUAAUAAGCCAAAUGGAGAACCUACAAGUAUUUCGAAUUCAGGAAGGCCCAUACGUAGCUGUGCAAAAGAGGCUGGUCCUUACAGAGAUGAAGUAUACAUCCCAGAACACAUACUGAAAGAUCAGGUCCAGUCAUCAUCAUCAUCAUCAUCGCAAGGACCGUUUGUCUGCUACAUUUGCAACACCCCAUUCCCGACGGUCUAUUCGAGAAAUAGUCAUAUGCGUAUUCAUAAGAGUGAAAAUAUGAUACCGCCGCCCUCAGCAAAUCAACUCAUUCAACCGAAGCUUCCAUCUUACCCAGAACCUUAUCAUCAGCAAAGUGUGGCGCAUUUAGCAGAGGUUAAACAGGAGCCCAUGGAUUUUGAGCCAGAAGUGGAGAUCCAUGAACCUGUCCAAGAAAAUUUCACAACCAAUCUUAGUCCGGCAGUUAGUAUCACUCCCAUAUCAAAGAAGCCAAAUCAGAAACUUCAGAUUAAUCCAAGUGUUAUGAAAUUAGUUCAAAAUAACCCCCAGUUGAGUAUUAGAAAUAGGGAAUCCUCUCCGCAGCAAACACAGCAACAUAAUUUCCAGAUGCAGCAACAUAUACAACAAAUGUUAGCUGGAACUCCAGAUACAGAUAGAACGUACAAGUGUUCCAGUUGUUGGGAGUCCUUUGCCAAUAAAUCACAUCUUUACUUCCACAAGAAGAACCAGUGUGAAGGAUCUAAAUAUCCUUGUCCUUUCUGCAAAAAAAGAUUCGGUACAGAAGCUGCAUACAGCUCACAUAUAUUUUAUAGUCAUCCAGAAUAACAAUCUCAAACUUUCAUUAUAUUCCAAUUGAUAAUUUAAAUAAUGUUAGUGACGUGAAAGAACAAAAAGAAACUUAUGGAUGUGUAAAUUUUCAUCAUAUAUGCUUCGAUGAAUGUGACUAUGACCUUUGAAUCAAACUUUUUUUAAUUUGAUAUUAUUUUACAAUUUACACACAUUUUUUUCAUCAUAUAUGAUUAAAUAUGCUAACCUAUAUUGAUUGAGCAAGUCCUAGUCAUUUUCGAAAUAAUUACUAUUUUAAUUCACCGAAUAUUCUUUCAUUUUUGGGACACUUAGCUGAUAUUUAGUGUUUUAACACUGCUUUUGUAUAGAUAUUGAAUUAUAGUAAUUGUAACUGAUAGGAUAGAUAUGAUUCUACUCAUUCGGAAUUUCAUCUCAUCAAAUGAAAAUUCGUGAUACUGAUUCUGAAAAACAAUACAGUUUUUGUAUAAUAAUAGUUUUGCAGUACUUGAGGUUAAUUCUUCAUCCAAGUAUGGAUUAAACUUGAAUAAAAUUUUUUUUUUCGAUAAUCAUAAAUACUUGUGAAGUAUGAAUGUAUUAGUUUGAGAUAGAAUUUCAUAUCAGGAAUACUUUUUUUUUAAAUAACAAAAUUAUCAAUAAACGUUAAGUUUUAUUGGAAAAUAUAUGAAACAGGUUGAAGGAUAUAUUGCUAAAAAAACUUGCAUUGCUUUUUUUGUCAUUUCUUACUGAUGUAAAUUUUAUUGUCCAGCCUUAGUAGUAUAACCUUUAUUUAUUUAUCUGUUUGUGAUUUAACUUAAUUUUCUCCUAGGGUCAUAUGGUUGUUGAACUGAUGAUCUGAUUAAUUCAGUUUUUUGUAAAUAUUAAUGUUGUAUAUAGUCCUUUAUAAAAUCUGCAGAUUUAUUUUUCAUCUGACAGAUUUUUCUGGUAUAAAAGAAUGUAUAGAAGAUCAUUUCUGGUACAUUUUGGUGAUCAUAAACUCCACGAAAUUGAACUGAAUAAUUUAUUGAUCGUGUAUUUUUCGUUAGAGAAAGAUAUAAGUUUUUAUCUUUUUUUUUACUCAGAAAAUAUGUAUAUAAGAAUGUCGUACAUUCAGAAUAUAAUAAAAUAAUCAUCAAGAAUAAUA